UGGUAGAGCCAAGAUGGUGGACAAGAUGAGGGAAGCUGGAAUUAGCUAGUUAAAUACCGAAAAAAUAAUAUAUCCUCCCAACGCGUCGGCGACAUCAGCUGCACCUGUACUGGUCACAAUUUUCUGGCGCAGGGCACACAUUAACAGGCGAGGGUGAUGUCGGGGGCUGGAUGUCGGGCAGAGUGCUGGUGGAAGAGGCACAUUGCAGAGCAGCUGAAGCAGAGGGAUCGGGUGCAGAGGCAGGCCUUUGAGGAGAUCAUCCACCAAUACAAUCGUUUGCUGGAGAAGUCUGAUUUGCAGGCGGUGCUGUCAGAAAGGCUUCAGGCUGACAAAUCUGAUCUCCAGAACAGACAGGAUUUAAGCCCUGGGGUGGACGUGAGCCGCAGCGAUGCCCUGCUGCAAGAGAUGGCACAGAUCCGGAUCCGACACCAGGAGGAGCUGACUGAGCUGCACAAGAAACGGGGCGAGCUGGCCCAGAAUGUGAUUGAACUGAACAACCAGAUGCAGCUGAAAGACAAGGAGAUUCAGAGUAAUGAGGCCAAGAUGCUGCAGUACCAGCAGCGCAUCUCUGAGCUGGAGGCAGAAUGCAGGGAACUGCGCAGCAAUUUGCAGGACCUGGAGAGAGCCAAUCAGACGCUGAAGGAUGAGUAUGACGCCCUGCAGAUCACGUUCAGCGCCCUGGAGGAUAAGCUGCGGCGCACGACCGAGGACAACCAGGAGCUGGUCUCCCGCUGGAUGGCAGAGAAGGCCCAGGAGGCCAACCGCCUCAACGCUGAGAACGAGAAGGACAGCAGGCGUAGACAGGCCAAACUGCAGAAGGACCUGGCAGAGGCAGCCAAGGAGCCCCUGCCGCUCGAACCGGAUGAUGACAUUGAAGUUCUGUCAGAGGAUACAGCUGAAGGGGUGGGGCCAGCAGAUGUUUCGCCCAGCCGGACCCCUGGUCGUACCCCCAGCAAGCGUAUUUCACAACCUCCUGCAAGUGGCCUCCUGGACUCCAUAUCCAGUAUCUUUGGCCUGUCUGACUCUGUUCUACCUGGACUCCACCCACCUGACUGCAGGCGGCGCUCGGUGAACUCAUACAGCAGUUCUCCAGACAGCGCAGAGACGCAGACAGGGGCUUGUGCAGAGGUGCGAGUCCCCUCCACAGCCCUGCACACCUUUGAUGCCCAUGAUGGAGAGGUGAAUGCAGUGUGUUUCAGUCCUGGGUCUCGUCUCCUGGCCACAGGGGGAAUGGACCGCAGGGUCAAGCUCUGGGAAGUGGUCUCAGGGCGCUGUGAACAGAAAGGGGCUUUGACUGGCAGUAACGCCGGGAUUACCAGCAUUGAAUUUGACAGCACAGGUUCUCAUCUGCUUGCGGCCUCCAAUGACUUCGCUAGCAGGAUUUGGACUGUGGAUGACCUCAGGCUUAGACACACCCUCACGGGACACAGUGGGAAGGUGUUGUCUGCCCGAUUCCUGCUAGACAACGUCCGCAUAGUAUCCGGGAGCUACGAUCGGACCCUUAAACUCUGGGACCUGCGCAGCAAAGUCUGUAUGAAGACAGUAUUUGCUGGCUCCAGUUGUAAUGAUAUUGUGUGUACAGAGCAGUGUGUAAUGAGUGGCCACUUUGAUAAGAAAGUGCGUUUCUGGGACAUCAGGGCAGAGAGCAUUGUGCGGGAGCUGGAGCUGCUGGGCAGAAUUACCUCUCUGGACCUCAACCACGACCGAACUGAGCUACUUACAUGUUCGCGUGAUGACUUGUUGAAGAUUAUUGACCUGCGCAACAAUGUCGUGCGGCAGUCCUUCAGUGCUCAGGGCUUCAAGUGUGGAUCAGACUGGACCAGAGUGACGUUCAGUCCUGAUGGUUGUUAUGUGGCGGCCGGUUCAGCGGAUGGAACUCUGUUUGUGUGGAAUGUACUGACUGGGAAGGUGGAGCGGACCCUGGAUAAGCACCAUAGCUCUGCCAUCAAUGCGGUGUCCUGGUCUCCAUCUGGAGCUCACGUGGUCAGUGUGGAGAAGGGCAGCAAGGCUGUGCUGUGGUCAGACAUGUGAUUGGCUGCCGGACUGCCCAGUGCUUUUCCAGGGCAGAGCCUCCUCUUACUCCUACCCACCUCCGAAUUUCUCACGAUCUACAGCUUCUGCAUUUCCUGUGUGACAGUUGAGGACGCACAGAGACAUUGAAAGCAUCACUAAUAUCAGCCAGGAGGGGGAGCUAAAGAUUUGUUUGAACUUUGCCUUCGCACUGAUUUUCAGGAAGCCAGAAGUCAUUGAGUCUCUGUCCAAAAUCCCCUCUCCCUUUCCCUGCCCUUCUCUGUCAGUCUUGCUUUUUGCACAGUGUUUAUAUCAUUUGCCCAUGUUCCUGCAGAAAAGGAUGCAGGUAAUAGGUUAUCAUCAGGGUUGGAAUAUUAACUUGUUUCACACCUUAUUUUUCAUUUAGAGAUAUAACGUGUAUUCUGAAAUCGUAUUCCGGUUGAUAUCGUUCACUUGCUUGCUAAAACAUGAGCAGCUCAUCAGUUAGCUGUAUGGAUUACAAAUUUUUAGUUGAUCAUUUAACACAUUUUACUGUUCAUUUAUGAAAAAAACAUUUUUUAAAAGGAAAAACUGGUUGUGUGUCCCAUUAAUGGUUCAUCUGGUCCAUUCUGGCUAGAUGAAGUUAGAUACUUAUAUUUGUGUUUACCUGAUGAGACGCAUGCAUUUUUAUUUAUUUUUUUAAAUUAUUUUCUUUAUUGAUGGUACAAUCCUGAAGAAACAAGUUGAUACAAGUACAGUUAACACACUUUUAAAAAAAUGUGUCAGUUUGAUGUGACUGGCUGCAUUGAAGGUUAAUCUUCUACAUGAUGCCAAAAUGAACCUCUGUCUGUGGGCAACAUGGUGGAUACUAAGGCCCAUGUCCAUAUGCACACUGUCCAGCCAGUUCUCCCACAGAGCAGGACAGGAAGCUGUGGUCCUUAAAGGUUAUAGUGUACACUGAACAGUAUAGCUGUAGAGUACAGUCUGCAGAAGGCUUCCUGUGGGAAAGCCUUUUUGCACUACCUGCCGCCUGUUACUCCACUGCUGCAGUUGGUAGUGAGGAGCGAGCAGGGAUAGGCGAGUUAUCAGUAGGAUGGAAGUGGCCCAGGUGCAGGGGUAGUUGUACUUAGGAGGGAAUUGAGCAGCUCCAACAAUACUCAGAAAAAACAAGGGACUUCCAAAAUGGAUAUGGAAUAUGUAUUCAUUACAUAUCAAAUGCAGAGAUGAUUGUUCUCUAAAAUUGAAUUUACACCUAAUUUUUGUAGGCUAUGGUGAAGGAUGGUUCUGUUUUCCCAAUAGUACUGAUCUGUAGCCACCAAGGGACAGUGCAGUUUUGCACCAUUGAGGUAUUUCUUGCACUUGGUUCUGUUCUCCAUUAUGUCCUUGCCUAAAAUUAAUAGCGAAGAGAAUUCCUUUUUUUGUAAAUGGAUGGACGGACGGACAACUGUUGACCUCUGGCUCUUCUCCAGUAUUCCCUUUCUUCCUUUCCUUCAUGAACCUCCUGAGGCACAGCAGGGAGCGGAGGGUGUGGGGAGGGAAGUCCUGGUGCUGAUUCAGUUUCCACCCUUGCAGCAGUCAGAUCAGGAUUGUAAACUUCAUGUAUGUUAAAUGUAUGCACA